CGGGGCGGGGCCGUGGGGACGUGCGCGGGAGCUCCGUCAGUUGGUGAGCGGCGGCGGAGCCAUGAGCUGCCUCACGGUGCCCGGUGUCCAUCCCGGCUCGCCCGGCCGCCCGCGCGGGCAGAUACAGGUUAUCUUCGGACCCAUGUUCUCCGGGAAGAGCACGGAGCUCAUGCGGCGGGUGCGGCGGUUCCAGCUUGCUCAGUACCGGUGCUUGCUGGUGAAAUACGCCAAAGACACACGCUACGGGUCCUCCGGUGUCUCCACGCACGACAAGAACACCAUGGAGGCCGUGCCAGCCUGUCUCCUCAAGGACGUGUAUCAGGAGGCGCUGAGCUCUGCAGUCAUAGGCAUCGAUGAGGGCCAGUUCUUUCCAGACAUCGUGGAGUUCUGUGAGACAAUGGCCAACACUGGGAAAACUGUCAUAGUUGCUGCUCUUGAUGGCACUUUCCAGAGAAAGGCCUUCGGGAGCAUCCUAGACCUGGUGCCACUGGCAGAGAGCGUGGUGAAACUGAACGCUGUGUGCAUGGAGUGCUACCGAGAGGCCUCCUACACAAAGAGGUUGGGAGCAGAGAGGGAGGUUGAGGUGAUUGGAGGAGCAGACAAGUACCACUCCGUCUGCAGAGCCUGCUACUUCCGCCAUCAGUCCCCUCAGCCUGGGCUGGAGAACAAGGAGAACAUGCCCCUGAUGCCGAAGCAGCUCAAUGUGGCUGCCUCCUGCCGCAAGAUCUUUGCUUCCUGACUGCUGGGCUCCUGUGUGCAGGAGGCCAAGCAGAAGGCAGCUGAAGGGUGCAGCUCCAACUGCUCUGGCUUCCUCUGCUUCAGCAGAACUGAACUGACCAGUGCCCCCCACAAAGACCCUGCCGCUCCCCUGCUCCAGGCAUGGGGAGGAAGAGGAUCAGCUGCACCUGAUGUAGACGCAGAAGCCUGGCUUAAAGGGAGUUCCUGUCUCAGAACACGGGAAGGGACAGGUGUAGCUACUGAUGCUGCCACCAAACCAGCUCUGGUACCCUGUCACAGCAGUCAGGCUGCAGGUUCCCACUGCUCCAGCCACUCUCCUUGGGUGGGUAUAGGCUCAGCCUGGCUCUCCUGGCUGGUUCCCUCACCUGGGAAUGCAGCUGUUUCUCUCUGGUGCCCUGUUGCUAAAUCCCAGGUUUCUUAAGACAGAAUGUACAGUAACUCAGUGUUUUUAACCCACUUCCCUUUUCCAUGCAGUCCAAGGGGAAAACCCAUCCCUCAGCCUGGCUUUCAGUGUUACCUUUGAAUGACUGCAUGUGGCUCAUCCCUUUGCCAUUACACUCUUGAUCUAACUGUCCUGUCUUUGUUGAAACAGAAGACAGGAAAAGGCAGGGUGACUGGCAGCUUGACAGCAGGCUCUUACUAGUGUUAGUCUAGCAGUAGUCUAUUAAGACAGGGUCCUUUAUGGAAGGGGGUUUUGCUCAGGACCAAGCUUGGUGCUGCCCCUUCAAUGCUCAGUUACCUGUGAAGGGGUUGGUGGCUCAGGACAACCUGUCAAGGGUUGGGCUGCUCUUCCUUCAAAGACCCAGUAAAUUAGAGAAGUGUCUCUGCUUUGGGUGAGUGGUUCUCAGCUCUUAGUCAUGCACAUUGCUGCCUUCUGAGCCCUCCAAAACUUCUCAAGGCCAAUUCCUCUGCUGCAGGUUGGCUGAAGGAUCCUCUUUUGUUUGACCUUUGGCUUUCUGGGAGGUUUGUGUUUUCUUCCUUAUUCCUCCCAAAAGCACUUUUACCUUUAAGCCAGUGCCCAUAGACUCCAAGCAACAGCUCUUGCUUCUGGCCAGCUCCCAUCUCCCUAUGCAAUGCAGUGCUUUCUGCCUACACUCACCAGCCAGGAAGGACCUCCCCAGGAUGUUAUGACACCAUCUGAUAAGCAUGUGUCCCCCUGCAUUACUCGAGGUAGUGACAGUUCUAGCACACACAAGUGUGCAAGGGCUUCCCCCUUUAAUAAAUAAC